AGCGGCUGUGGCACGUGGGACCGCGCCGGGCCAUGCAGCGGCCCGGGCUGUUCGGGCGGCUCAGAGCCGCGGUCAUCGGGAUGGUGCACGUGGGAGCGCUGCCAGGGACACCAAGAAGUUCUCUCCCACUGACCCAGAUCAUUGAUCAAGCCUGUCAAGAGGCAGGAGUUUACAAGGAUGCUGGAGUUGAUGGGUUGAUCCUGGAGAACAUGCACGACGUGCCGUACACGGUGAGCCCGGGCCCGGAGGUCACCGCAGCCAUGGCCGUGAUCGGUGCUGCUGUGAGACAGAGCUGUCCCCACGUCCCUCUGGGUGUGCAGGUGCUCUGUGCUGCCAACCAGCAGGCAAUAGCCAUUGCUCUGGCUGCAGGUCUUGAUUUUAUCCGGGCUGAAGGGUUUGUGUUUUCUCAUGUGGCUGAUGAAGGGAUUAUAAAUGCCUGUGCAGGUGACCUGCUACGAUACAGAAAACACAUUGGAGCAGACAACAUUCAGAUUUUUGCUGAUAUUAAAAAGAAGCAUAGUGCUCACGCCCUCACGGCCGAUGUCAGCGUGGCGCAGACGGCGAGCGCGGCCCAGCUGUUCCUGGCCGACGGCGUGGUGCUCACUGGCACGGCCACCGGGCACCCCACGGACCCCCAGCAGCUGCAAGAGGUGAAGCAAGCUGUGAAGAUUCCUGUGCUGGUUGGGUCUGGAGUGACUCUGGAGAAUGUGAGGAAUUACUUGGAUGCAGAUGCUCUAAUAAUUGGUUCCUAUUUCAAGAAAGAAGGAUAUUGGGCAAAUGCUGUUGAUCCUGACCGAGUCAAGAAAUUCAUGGAACACAUAAGUAAACUGAGAGAAUGAGUUUGUCAGCAAACACUGUUUGUUUGUGUUUGUUUGUAGAAAUGCAGUGUGGCAAGUCCUACAGAAUUAAAGCACAGAUGUGUGGCCGAAUGGCAAAUAAUACUAAUAAAAAUGCACAUCCUCUCCAUAACUAGCUGGGAAGCUUGGUGACAUACUGCACAAUAACCUGCUGCCCUGAUGUUUGCUUCUAGGCAGCACAUUUCUGUGGUGCUCAAAGCCACCAUCAAUGCAAAGCCAACUCUGAAAUCUUGUGUGAGAUAUUCUCUCCGUAAGUUAAAUGCUUACGGAGUUUAAGAAUUUUUAGAAAAUGUUCAUCACAGGUGAGCUGAGUUCUGUUUUGCCUUUAAGUACAGUAGGAUGCCCUAAGUUUACAGCUGAAAGUGUUGUAAAUUGGACAAGUUAACUAGCCUUUCAGUUUCCCCAUCUGUAAAAUGAUGAUAAUAGCACCUACAUCACACAGGGGCCAUAAGACAUAAUGAAGGAAAGAAUGUACAGCACUUUCAUCUCUCUAAAUGAAGGGCUCUUUUAAAGUUCAAGAUCAUUAUUUUUUCAUUAGAAUUGUGCACUUAUACAAUUGCUACAUUUUUGUAAUACCACACAAAAAUUUAAGAUAAUUGGGGUAUUGAUUUACUUACAAUACUUAUUAGAGAAUAAAUGUAAAUAUUUAAUUACAUUUAAAUAGAUUUGGAAGGUAGUCAAAAUGCUUUUGCAAAAACUGGAAAUUUUAAUAAAGGUUUAUUAUUUUUCAGCAAGCACCUGCAGCUUUGUACCUUUCUAGAAUAGUAAUAGUGAUGUAAAAAACUUUCUUGGAAUACACAAGGUAUAAUUACAAUAGAAACCUUUCUACCAAAGCCACAGGUAAACAUAGAUUUUUCUUUUUCAUGUGAAAUGUAGAGGAAAAAUAUUACAGUCUUGCGGUGUCUGUUGUAAGAGAAUCCCCUUGAAUUUGAUCCUUUAGCUCUAAGGAAUCUUAGAAGAACACAAGGAAUACCUGUUAUGUCAUGGCUGCACAAAAUGUGGGCAUUUAUUUUCAUUCCUUGGGACUGGGAGCUCAGUUUGUCCUCUGGGAUCUCUCUUUUUCCUUGACAUGUACACAUCAGGCUUGUGCUGAUGCCAAAGAAAGUGAAAUUGUGGAUAUAAAAGCAAAUACACAAACAUGGGUAUUGUGGCAGCUGGCAGAGCACCCAUGCUCCUCUGAACAAGAUGCAUCCUCCUUCCAAAGACAAGAAGAUGUUCAAGAUACUGAGUUUUGUUAACAUAAUGGUGAUUCCAGAACAUCACAGUAUGAGACUGUCUUCUCAGGUUUCUUUUUUUUGCACUAGUCUGUUUCCCACAUGACUCCCACCAAAAGCCAUGACAAGUCUUUGCUGUAUUGCCCUGCUGGAAAAGAUGUUGUUUAGGCCCUGUGGCAACCAUGGCUUUUCCCCUUUUUCUCCUAAAUGCAGUGACACAGCUUCAAUGCACAGGAAUCCUUUCAGGUGCCUAUUUGUUUGGCUGGCACUGCUUUGUCAGAGUUCACAUUUAGACAGGCACUUUAAACCUGUGUCAUGGUGCUUCCCUCAGAACCAACAGUUGUGUCCCAACCCCAUCCCUGUGGCCUUAGAGGACUCAGGAUUCUGGCUGGAACCUAACCCAGCCUGCACCAGCCACACUCAGGGGCUGGGGAAAGGAGAAUUGAUGUUCAUCUUCCUCAGUCCUUGCAUCUGCAGCUCACCAGGCUCUUGGUAGAGGCAGUUAAGGAUCAUGAAGAUGCUUUUUGGAUUUUUAUUCCACACAGCCACAGCAUCUUUGCCAGGUAAAGCAAUGAUCUGGUUUAGUCUUACAAUUCUUAGCCUGAGUAAUGAAUGUUAUUUUAUGUCCUCUGUAUUAUGAAAAAUGCCAUAUUAAAUUAAGCUAAAUUCACUUAAAUACCAGUAAAAUCAGUCUGCUUAAAUCAGUA